GCCGAGCCCAUGUCACGUGGAAUUGGCCAGGUAGUGUUGGCUGGAAUUCGAGUGUAAAUGUGGGCCAGCAGAUGACCCAUACCAAUGGUAGGUGGUCGUAGCUCAGUGAGAACGAGACUUCGAGGAGCUGGCCGGACGCUCGUCAAUCGCGAUUCUUGGGGAAAGGUCACUAUAGUAUUUAGAAAUGGAGGUUAUCUAGAGAGAAUGAGUAUAGUGGAGAACAAGAGUACAGUGAAGAACAAGAGUAGAGUGGAGAACAAGAGUAGAGUGGAGAACAAGAGUACAGUGAAGAACAAGAGUAGAGUGGAGAACAAGAGUACAGUGGAGAACAAGAGUACAGUGAAGAACAAGAGUAGAGUGGAGAACAAGAGUAGAGUGGAGAAUAGGAGUAGUGUGCAAAGUAAGAGUAGUGUGGAUAAUGGUGUAUUAUAGUAGCAGUGGAGUAUUGUAGUGAGGUAUUGUAGUGAGGAUUUGUAGUGAUGUAUUGUAGUGAAGUAUUGUAGUGGAGUUUGUAGUGGAGUAUUGUAGUGGAGUAUUGUAGUGGAGUAUUGUAGUGGAGUAUUGUAGUGGAG